CUCUCUGUAUGGGACAAGGAGACAAUAAGUUAGUCAUUCGUUUGAAUGGAGUACAAGCUCACUUUCUCCUUCCUUCGCCCAGCUUAUAUCUGGGAGCCUUGAUUGAUGGCAGGUGUCGACGAUCGGCAGGUGUGCGGGUGUCAUUUGUCCGUUUCCAUGGCGACGCUGAUUGUGCACCACAGGCUCGCCACAGAUAUUAAUAGUAUUGAUACUUCCCUGUGGAUCAAGUAUUGAUAUAAAUUAUAUUUGCUUCUUUUGGUUUAUCAUCACUUCCUGGGGAGUACCUAACAAUAAAGUUCCACACAAAAUGUUGAUGUAGUUCUUGUCAGCAGAAUGAAAAUGAAUGGGUUUACUGUUGGCUCCCAUUGGCUUUGUGCAGCUUUUUUCUUCGUCACUUCUAGAUCUUUUGUUUCCCAAUUUUUCCCUACAAUUAAGGAUAUAUGUGGUACAGAAUUUGCUAUGCUGGACCAUUUGUAUAUAAAUUCAUUCUCAGUUAUUUUAUAGCCGUUCCUUGUUUACCUAGUAUGAUUUGAAUUUCUCAGGGAGUCAUCUAUCAUUGUACAGUGGAAUUCUGAUUUCGGUAACUGUGCUUUAGAAGUCUGAGUUUCAGUGAAUUUACCCCAUUUAUCAACUGCUUGUCUUACAUCAUUGUCUAUCUGUCUUAUUCUGUACACAUUUGCUUUUCGCACAGUGAUCAUUUGAGUUUCUUUCAUGCCUAUGUCUAUAUAUACUCCUGUAGAACGCCAAAUUUGAAGACCCAAUUUACACAAUGCAUCUCUUUCUAACAGAUUAAUAGGAGUCUGAUUUGAUAUAAGGAAAGGUUGGUCACAUGUUGUUUUUUAUUUUUAUUUAUUUACUUACACUGGGCUUUCCGCAUAUCCUUUUUUUAUGGUUUAUUGGGCUUUGACCACGACCUCAAAAGUCUACUAUCACCUACUCUCUUUCACCUUCAGGCGGCUGUUGCAUGGACUGGUGGGGGCAGGCUGUCCAAUAUCUCACUGUUCAGUCCAUUUUCUUUUUGAGCCUUGAAUCACAUGGUGCCAAAACAUCUUGGUUAUGGAUGUAACCUCUGUUCCCUGAUGGAGGGAACGAGACGUUGUGUCGAACCAACAGAUGGGGUUUGACUUUAGAACCUAUCAUCUUCUGACUAGUUUUGAAAAGGCCAAUGAAUUUGGCGAAUGAAAUUUGCAUGCCGGACUCCGCCCCGGAUAUCCGGGUAUAAAAGGAAGACGGCGUGCUGCAUUCAUUCACCUUUUGGGCUGUGGAGCCUGAGAGCAUCCCUUGACCACUGCCGCGGGCGGCCAGCGUUGUGGCAUUGAAGGACACAACAUAUCGUUCCCUCCAUCAGGGAACAGAGGUUACAUCCGUAACCAAGACGUUCCCUUUCUGUCAGUCUCUCGUUGUUGUGUCGAACUGACAGAUGGGGUUCCUAUGGAAAACGCCAUGGCGCUGUGCCGCAUCACAAUCUCUAGCGAAGCGAUGCUGACUGGCCCGGGCGUGUCAGAUGUGAGCGCUAGCACGAAAUUGUAACCGUCCAGUGGAGAGGAAGGAGGACCCAGAGCUUUGGAGGGUGGGGAGCCCCUGCCACCGGCCGUCAUGGGUGGAGGCCUUCUUUCUCUAACAGCGAGAAGCCGCCCAGCACCGUAAGGGCCACUGGGGAAGCGUUAUUUCCUCACUGAGGAAACACGCUACAGAGACAACUUCCUACCGUAGGGAGGAGUUUAGUGGAGACACCAGCAUGGUCUCGCCGGCAGGGGAGAACUCAUGGGAGGAAUGUGAGGACUGAAGGAGUUUACCGCAAGGUGGAGGUCCACCUUGGGAAGGUCAUGGGUUGCCAAGGUGGGAACCAAUCAUGAGGAUACAUCAGACAGAACCGCCCUGCUGGGGGGUUACUACAUCUGGAGCACUAGGUCCGGUUAGAUAACUCAGCUGGUACCUCUGCCCAGCCCGCCCGCAGGAGGUACUUAGUGAUGGAUGGAAUGCCUGUUCUUCACCCAGUGGGGGAAGAAGGGAGGCGAAAAUAGCACGCUGACCCACCUAGGAGGGGGGAAGGUGCUUUCGCAGGCGUACGCCCUACCGGCCGCCGGUCUUACCUGAUGCCCUGCAAGACUCGAGCUGACAACGGUUUUAUGCGGAGGAUGUAGAACCUCGCGAAGGUGUUGGGCAUAGCCCAACCCGCAGCUCUGCAGAUGUCUGCCAGAGAGGCGCCCUGAGCCAGUUCCCGCGAGGAGGCUAUACUCCGGGUGGAGUGAGCUCUCACUGCCAGUGGGCACGGGCGGUCUUGGGACCGGUAUGCCAUAGUGACGGCGUCCAUGAUCCAGUGCGCCAAUCUGUGUUUUGAGACAGCCCUCCCCUCUGCUGACCUCCAAAACAGACAAAGAGCUGUUCAGAGCUCCUGAAGCUCUGUGUGCGGUCCAAGUAGAGGCGCAAUGUGCGUACUGGACACAACACGGAUGGGGUUGGGUCUUCCUCCCCGGUGGGGAGUGCCUGCAAGUUCACCACCUGGUCUCUAGGGGGAGUGGUGGGAAUUUUGGGGACGUAGCCGGGCCGGGGUCUCUGGAUAACGUGAGAAUCACCGGGCCCGAGUUCUAGGCAAUAUGUGGACACGUAGAAUGCUUGUAGGUUCCCUAUCCUCUUGGAGGUGAGCGCCAUCAGGAGAGCGGUCUUCAUCGUGAGGUGAGAAAGAGCGGCAUCUAAACUAUCUCGCCGACUGGCUCAUCUUGGCACACUCGCGAGAUCUGUUGUGUACACACAGAGACCUGGUGCUCGAAGGAGUUACCCAUUCUUUGUUGCAGGAUUUAGGCCAAAGCAUCGGAGUUCUUCUUCCAUCCAUUUUCCUUUCUACUGCUUGCUGCAGCUGGGUAGUCUCCGGGUUGCUGAUUGCUGGUAGGUGUAUGCCUGGUUGGGCUUCAUCUUGGGUUCUGAUACCCUGUGGGCUGUGGUGCUUGUAUAACUAUUUUUACAUUUUUCAUACCAUUAUCCCUUUAUUACCAAAAAGUUACAUAUGUUUCCCCUUUACCUACAGAUAUGUACUGUGGAGUAACAUCAUUGUUAUAAUUAGUUAUGCUGUAAAUUCUGUUUAUCACUUGGUACAUUGUGGGCCGUAAUCUAAAGCGUUAUAAAGCAAUAAUGUUCCGCCUCCUUCUCAUCCUCUUUGUUAAAUGAAUCCCAGCCUGAUCAAUAAAUAAAGCUGCGGAAAAAAUAAGAGACUGUUUAUCUAAUUUAAAAUGUUACUAUUUAUAUGUAUGUGUUUAGGUAAAACGGUCAUUUUUGUUUCAUUCUAUGAACUACUAACAAUAUUUGUCCCAAAUUUCAAAUAAAAACAGUGUUUCUAUUAGCAUUUAUUUUCAGAAAAUGAAAACUGGACAAACUGGUCAAAAUAACAAAAUGCUCUGUAUUUUUCAGACCUCAAAUAAUGCAAUGAAAACAAGUUCAUAUUUACUUUUAAGCAAUACAACAGCAUAUUUUACAUGUACUUAGGAAAAGUUCAAAAAAUAUUUUUUAUUUGAUAACCUUAAUUUUGUAUACAGGUUUAUAUGUGUCUUGUCAUUCUACAGUCUUUCGCAUUGCUGUUGGCUGGCCCUAUGUCAUUUCUGAGGUUUGAUUUUAUUGAAAUACAACAAACACUGGACUGAAAUUACCCCAAAAUCCAUCUAGAAAUGCUGAUCUGUUGAAAAGUUGGAAUGGUCUCUUAGUUUUUCCACAGAUGUAUUUGGACUUUCAACAUAAAACGCUAGUCUUUACAUGAAAAACAUUUAUGUUUUUAUGAAAAAAAAAAUCUUGUUGUUCAUUAUCUAUCCUCCUGGUAGCAUGGCCUUGUAAACUAAAGGUACUAGUUAGCGUGUUGAAAAAAUGUUUAUAUGCUCUCCUACUUGUAAGUCGCUUUGGAUAAAAGCAUCUGCCAAAUGAAUACAAUUACAAAUGUAAUUGUAAGCAUUACGCAAAACAAUUAUUACAAUUAAAACAAUAACUAUUUCAACAAAUACUCUACACUUUGCAAAGUUACGCAAUAUGUUCCGAUGGCUUGCCAGUUGCCUCAGUUUUAUUAAUGUUGUAUUGUGACCUGCAGGGAGGAAUGUAUGUAUUCCAGUUGUUUGACUACUAUGCCUCUAAUGGAGCCUGUCGUCUUUUCAUCUCUGUGUUUGAGUCUCUGGCCAUGGGUUGGGUCUUUGGUGCUGAUAACAUGUUUGACAUCAUUGAAGACAUGACAAAAACACGACCCAACUACAUAUUCAUGUUGUGCUGGAAGUACCUGACUCCUCUUGUGUCACUGGUGUCUUUUAUAGGUUCUCUGGUGCAGUACAAGCCCUUAACAUUUAACCGCUGGUAUGUGUACCCAAACUGGGCGUAUAUAUUAGGCUGGUUUCUGACCCUGUCCUCUGUUCUGCUGGUGCCUGGGUGGGCACUGGUUAGACUGAUCGUUGGAAAAGGGAGCCUGAAAGAGCGAUGGCGUGUUCUAUGUAAUCCUGAUAGGAUCCUUCCUCUUAGCUGUGGGCAACAAUGUGAAACACAAGUACUGACUUGCUCUGCACAGGUGGAAGACACAGAGACACAUCUUUAAAUAGACACUGAAAGACUGUUUAACCACCAUGAAAACCCUUUAAGGAGUCGUGGACCUAAACCAAACUUUUUUCACCUGCCAAUGACGCAAUCAAAAAGUGUACCAGCUAUUUCCUUCUGUCUAUGAAUCACUGAACACAAUACAGUAUAUAGAUGGUUUCAUUGGAUGCACACGCUGGCCUGAAGUUAACUUCCGGUCUGUCUUUCAUAUUUUAAUGUAUAUUAAUUGUAUUAAAUUACAUUAAAACUACUCAACAGUUAUUGAUUCUUUGCGGAGGCCUAGCGGAAGUUAAGUUUGGGCCACAUAACAUUUAUGUUGCUGACGCUGAAACCAUCUAUACAUUAGAGUAAGAUGGGAUGGGUAAACAUUAGUUUACAGACUUACAAAUGAAUCCUUAUGAAUAUCGUAAUAGCGGCAUUAGCACUUUGUUAUGUUGUAUUUAUUUGUCAUAUCAAUGGCAUUAUGUUUUCAAUUGCAUUUAUUAAAGUUUAC